UACAAUUUGUACAAAGAAUUUUCCUACUAGCAAAGAAAGGCAUCUCCAAGUUUUCACUUCUUCUUCAAACAUUGCUCAAACUCCAAUACUCUACCAAUUCUCAUCAACCUUCAUCUCCCCAAAUCAAUCUUAAUCAUGGAGAAAAGCUUAGCUUCUCUCUGUGCUUCAUUGGUGACCACCGUUCUUCUGCUUCUUGAAGCAACUCCAAUUCAAGGAGUUGAAGGUACUAUCGGAGUCAAUUAUGGCACGGUGGCAAACAACCUUCCUCCGCCAGCAGAAGUUGCUAAUUUUCUAGUAGAAUCCACCAUUAUCAACCGUGUGAGGCUGUUUGAUACCAACACCGAAAUCUUGGAAGCAUUUGCUCACACUGGGAUUGCAGUCACAGUCACAGUCCCUAAUGAUCAAAUCCUUCAUCUUACCAAGCUCAUCAAUGCUCAACAAUGGUUAAAAUCCAACAUCCAACCUUAUGUUCCUGCAACUAAUAUCAUCAGAAUUUUAGUUGGCAAUGAAGUUUUAUCAACUGCAAAUAAAUUCAUAAUAUCAAGCCUUGUUCCAGCAAUGAAAACUCUUCACACAGCUCUUGUUGAAGCAUCAUUGGACUCUAAAAUCGAAGUCUCUACACCUCAUUCUUUAGGUAUUCUCUCAUCUUCAAGCCCGCCUUCGACUGGAAAAUUUCGACGAGGCUAUGAUGUUCAUGUGCUUAAACCGUUGCUUAUCUUCCUUAGAGAAACAAAUUCACCAUUCAUGAUCAACCCAUAUCCAUUUUUUGGAUGUUCAUCAGAAGAAACUCUUGAUUAUGCACUUUUCAAGCCUAAUUCUGGGGUGGAAGAUGAGAAUACCAAGCUUGUUUACACAAACAUGUUAGAUGGGCAACUUGAUGCAGUCUUUUCAGCUAUGAAACUUCUGGGUUUUGCUGAUAUUGAUAUUGUUAUAGCUGAAACUGGGUGGCCUUCCAAUGGAGAUUCAUCACAAAUUGGUGUUGAUGCUGAGAGUGCAGCUCAGUACAAUGGAAAUCUCAUGAAACAUGUAACUUCUGGUUCCGGAACUCCUCUCAUGCCAAACCGGACUUUUGAGACUUACAUUUUCGCUCUCUUCAAUGAAAAUCUCAAGCCCGGACCUACUUGCGAGCGUAAUUUCGGGUUGUUCCAGCCAGACAUGACACCGGUGUAUAACAUCGGAGUCCUCCGGUCCACGGCUAGUUCAUCAUUUCCUAGGAACCCGAGCCCGGAGCCACCGGUGGUUGCGCCGGUGAGUCCAGAGCCUACAGGGGCACCGCAGCAUGAGGAGAAAAGGUGGUGUCUUCCGAAAACAGGAGCAGAUGUAGAGGCUUUGCAGAGGAAUAUUGAUUAUGUGUGUGGGAUGGGAGUGGACUGUGGACCUAUUGAAGAUAGUGGUGAAUGCUUCUUGCCUAACACAGUUAGGGCACAUGCAGCAUUUGCCAUGAAUGCUUAUUAUCAAGCCAUGGGAAGGAAUGAUUAUGAUUGUGAUUUUCAACAAACUGGAGCUAUCAGCAGCUUGGAUCCAAGCUAUGGAAAAUGCAAGUACUGAUUUAGUGCAAUGGAGGCCAAUAGAAAGAAAUAUUUUUUAUUUUUGCAUAUUUUUCCCCUCUUGGUUUAGGGGAUGAAUAGAAAAUAAGGACUAUAGGUAACAUUUAUUGCUUUGACAACUUCAAGUUUAUAAUGAUAAACCUACAUAGGAAAUUGCUCUUUCUCUUGAUCAUCUUACAUUUGUGACAAUGAAAUUAUAUGUUAAACGAAGAGUGAUGAUUUGAUCUCUAGAAAGAAAGAGGUAGGGUUUAGGUGUGUAUGAGUAAGUUUAAUCUGAAUGGUCUUACUCUCCUCUUUUAUUUAUUUAUUUUUUCUCUAAUGACGCAUAACCGUCAUCCUACUAUAGUGUUAUCUGUUGCUGUCACACAGAACCGUACAUACGGACGUACUUAUCUGUCUGUCCUCCAUCGUCAACAACCGUUUAAUCCUCUUCUGAUGCUUGUGCUGAUAGAGUCGCAAUAUAGCCGAGCUUGCUCUCCUACUCUCCGUUACGUCAAAGGAGCUGAGUUUCUCUCUGAUGAGUUUAGACUCUCGGUCAGUCCUCCUACUUCGACCGCGAAUUGGGUGGUGUGUUGAUAAUUCAGUUUACAUAGUAGGUUCUAAUGAAUUUGAGUAUGCCUUUUCUAAGGUUAUACCUCAGUCUGAAUGCCGGCGGUCGUCAAAUAAUAUAAACUUAUUAUGUUGA